AGCUGAACUGCCCUGCUGCCUGCCCAGAAAAAAUAGAGAACCACCAAACUGACCACAACCACUCCAUCACGACAAAUCACACCCUAUUGUGUACAAGUCACGCUGCACGGAAGAACCACGGUCUCUGGUAACCCCAUACGUGCACGUCUUUUUCGUUUUUCUCCAGCUCCAUAGCGUCCUAGCCUCGUUCUACCCGUUGUCUGGCGUCUGUACCAUACACCGCUACGCCCAUCAAAUGAUCCCUCUGGUGCCCGUUCAACUGGGCAUGGUCCUUGCGUGAGUCGACUAUUGUCGCGGCGAGUCUCUGAUGGGACAUAUUUGAAAACUUAACCAACCUUGGAUCUCAUAUCCCUGCCCUCUGAUGGUGUGUCCAGAUCCAUUUGUGCCUGGGCUCUGAGAAAUGGUUGGAACGCAGGAUGAAGCUGGAUCCACCGCCGGCGUGCGGCGACGGCACUCGACGCAAUAUGACGAUGACCCGACUACCCUCCGCGAGGUUCGUCCCACGACCGACGAAGUAUCCAAUUUGGACGCUCAAACUUCACCCCAGGCCGUGGUAUCCUCGACCACGUCCGGUAUCGAGAGUCGUCGCUCGUCCAUGCCCGCAGGCACCGAACCUGCUCCGAGGGUCAGAUUCUCCGAAGACACUCCUAGAGCUUUGCAUAGAACGAGAGUGAGCGAAGGUUCGGCCAUGCCAAUGCGUGCUGCGGGCAUCUCGAGCGCAAGCGGCGCUGGCAUGCCCGGACGACCUCGAGCACCCAGCCUGUCGAUUGACACUACAUUGGCUUCAUCUCGUCCCGGUGGAAACAAUCAACAGAUGCGCAUGUCCCCCGUCGCGGUGACCUCUCCAACUUCUCCAUUGACUGGUCCAUCGCACGUGUCCCCGGUGGUGUCACCAUCUUCACCACGGACCCGGACCCGAGGAUAUUCACUGCGAAGAUCACUCUUUGCGAGAGGCAUCAACAAUCAGGUUGAGCGCGGUGGAAGCGUCGUGGAAAUGACACCAGUGGGCCCGUCAGCUGGACCGUUGCCCGCCGUGAACCCCGCCGGAGUCGAUCAGAGCCAUAAACGCAAGUCGAGUGGCACCUCUAUCAGCGUUUCUCCACUGCCCAACCUUGAUGAAAUCCCGCCAAAAAUGUCCCCGCCAAAUGGAGGAGCCAAGAUUUCGGCGUUGCCUCAUUACGAGUCAUGGGUGAAACGUCGCGCAAGCCGUCUGGGCUUCAUUCACAAAACCAAAGCGGCCUACGAAAAGGCACGAAAGACGAUACUUCGAAUUAACGAACUUCCUCCGAGCAAAGAUGGGCGACAUAUUCCACUGGAUCCGAUGCGGAAGAAAGCUCUCACCGAUGAGCGAACCGGCAGAGGUUACGUUGCGAAUACUGUUCGUUCUUGCAGAUACACCAUUUACAGUUUCGUGCCACGGCAAUUAUUUGCCCAAUUCUCCAAAUUGGCUAAUUUCUAUUUCCUUUGCGUUUCCAUCCUGCAGAUGAUACCCGGUCUCAGUACCACUGGAACAUAUACCACCAUUGUUCCCUUGCUCUUUUUCGUCAGCAUUUCCAUGGCCAAAGAAGGAUUUGAUGACCUUCGGCGAUAUCGUUUGGAUAAGGCCGAGAAUGAUCGGGAUGCUGCUGUCCUUCAUGUCUAUCGGCCUACUUUGACGGAUCCUGAGCAAGGAGAAGCUGCAUCGCCCACGGCUCCUGGUCCCAAGCACUGGGCGCCGACAAAAUGGAAGGACAUCCAGGUCGGAGACAUUAUCAAACUGGAGCGUGACGAUGCUGUCCCUGCCGACAUUGUUUUGCUCAACGCCGACGGCCCCAACUCGAUGGCCUAUGUAGAGACAAUGGCUUUGGAUGGCGAGACGAAUCUCAAGAGCAAGCAAGCAACUGCAGCUUUGGCGAAACGAUGCAAGAGUGUGGAUGAACUCGCAGCUUGCACCGCCCAGUUUGUUGUCGAGGACCCUAAUUUGGACCUCUACAACUUUGAAGGAAGGGUGACGAUCGAUGGAGAGACGCAUCCGCUCACGAACAGCGAGAUCGUCUAUCGAGGGAGCAUUUUGCGCAAUACGCCCGAAGCCGUUGGAAUAGUCAUCUACACGGGAGAGGAGUGCAAGAUUCGCAUGAAUGCAACCAAGAAUCCUCGCAUCAAGGCGCCGGCUCUACAGGCCAGAGUCAAUCGCAUUGUCAUCAUCAUUGUCAUCUUCGUCAUUGUAUUGGCCAUUUUCAACACUGUUGCCUAUCAGAUCUGGUCAAAUAAUGUUGAAGAUAAGUCAUGGUAUUUGACUAACGCAGACGUGUCCUUUUUCCCCAUUCUCACGUCCUUUAUCAUCAUGUUCAACACCAUGAUUCCAUUGUCUCUUUAUGUCAGUUUGGAAAUUGUUAAAUUGGCCCAGAUGUUUCUGAUGAAUGACGUUGACAUGUAUGACGACGUUUCAAAUACACCAAUGGAAGCCAGGACAUCUACGAUCAAUGAAGAACUGGGACAAGUCAGCUAUUUAUUUUCGGACAAAACCGGCACUUUGACAGAGAACACCAUGCGGUUCAGAAAAAUGAGCGUCGCUGGCACUGCAUGGUUGCAUGAAACCGACAUUCAGCGCGAAGCGGUCGCCCAGGCAGAGCGUCAGAAGCAGCAAUUGCAGCGAAGACGAAGCAAAGGCAAAAAGGCGGCCAAGCGGCGCAGUAUUGUCUCAUUAUCCAGCGCAGCGCCUCGUCCAUCUAAUCUCUCGUCGUCCAAACCAGCUUUGGCGCGUCAAACCGAGUAUGAUGGCGAGGAACCCCCUAGUGCGACGUGGAAAUCAACCGCAAGACCCUCGAAACACCAGCCUGAGCUCUCAACCACACAGCUUCUUCGGUACUUGCAGUAUAAGCCGCAUACCGUCUUCGCCCGAAAAGCUCGGUUCUUUCUUUUAUCCAUUGCUCUCUGUCAUACUUGCGUGCCGGAGACUGACGAGGACGGCAACAUUGACUUUCAGGCAGCUUCUCCUGACGAGCUGGCUCUGGUUCGGGCCGCCCAGGAGAUGGGCUUUUUGGUCAUAGACAGACAAGUGGGCACUAUCACGCUCAAAUCUUUCCCCCGGGGGCGAGAAGAUGAGCCCAACUUGGAGGUGUACGAGAUCCUCGAUGUGAUUGAGUUUUCCAGUAAGAGAAAGAGAAUGUCCAUUAUCGUUCGCUUCCCGAACCACAGAAUUUGCCUUUUCUGCAAAGGCGCCGACUCCAUCGUCAUGGGUCUACUGCGACAGUCAAGCUUGGCUACCGAGAAAGCCGUAGAGAUUGAGCGCAGGGCGAGCAUCCGGAAGAGUAUCGAAGCUGAGCAGGCCAUCCGGCGCAACAGCGAGCAAAUUAGCCGCAGCAACAGCGUCAGCAGGCCAAGCAUCACUCUCGGGCGGACCAGUCUCAGUGGCAUCGGAAGACCAAGCAUGACUGGAAAUAGACUACAGCCUAUUCGAGAUGAGAUUGACACCUGGCUCCGAUCACGAGAACAAGACGUUGAUAUCUCAUCAGUCGAGGAUGACAGUGCCUUUUAUUCUCCACGACCUUCGGCUCAGUACGGAGGACGUCGGUCCAUGGCAAUCUCCGAACCCAGAAGCUCUUUUCAAGGGGAGUUUGACGAGGAACUUGUCGAGGAAGCGCUCGUUGUUGAUGACCAUGCUGUUUUCGAACGCUGCUUCCAGCACAUUAACGAUUUUGCAACCGAAGGACUGAGGACCUUGAUGUACGGCUAUCGUUAUAUCGAUGAACAGGAAUACAAGGUGUGGAAGAAGGGCUACUUGGAAGCAACAACAAGCCUGGUAGAUAGGCAAGAGAUGAUUGAGAGGGCUGCAAAUAUCAUCGAGAACCGACUUGAGCUUGCCGGUGCGACCGCGAUUGAGGAUAAGUUGCAGAAGGGUGUUCCCGAAGCAAUCGACAAGCUGCGGAGGGCGGGGAUCAAGAUGUGGAUGUUGACUGGUGAUAAACGGGAGACUGCCAUCAACAUUGGUCAUUCCUGCCGGUUAAUCAAGGAUUACUCCUCGGUCACAGUGCUUGACCACGAGGAUGGGCACAUCCAGCAGCACAUUGCCAGCGCAAUCAUUGAGGUCAACAAAGGUAGCGUUGCGCACUCUGUCGUCGUUGUUGAUGGACAAACCCUUACGAUUAUUGGUCUCGACGAGACGACACAGUCGCUCUUCUAUGAUUUGGCCAUGGCCGUGGAUAGUGUCAUAUGCUGUCGAGCCAGUCCUAGUCAGAAGGCUUCUUUGGUGAGUGCCAUUCGCACCAAGGUCAAGGGCUCCAUUACAUUGGCGAUUGGUGAUGGCGCCAAUGAUAUCGCUAUGAUUCAAGAGGCACACGUUGGAAUUGGUAUCACUGGAAAAGAAGGGCUUCAAGCAGCCAGAACUUCUGAUUAUUCGAUUGCCCAAUUCAGGUUCCUCCUGAAACUACUGUUGGUUCAUGGGCGCUGGAACUAUAUCAGAACAUGCAAAUAUACUCUCGGCACGUUCUGGAAGGAAAUGCUCUUCUACCUCACCCAAGCUUUGUAUCAGCGGUGGGCUGGGUACACAGGUACCAGUCUCUACGAAUCAUGGAGUCUGAGCAUGUUUAACACAUUGUUUACUUCUCUGCCUGUCAUUUUCCUUGGUAUUUUUGAAAAGGACCUCGCGGCGUCUACGCUUCUUGCUGUGCCAGAGCUGUACAAUAAAGGACAGCAGAGUAAAGGAUUCAAUCUCAGGGUAUACUUGGGAUGGAUGUUUAUGGCUUCGUCGGAAGCCAUGGUCAUUUAUUUCUUGAUGCUCGGAUUAUUCGGACAACCAUGGUUCACCAAGGACAAUGGUCUGUUUGCCAUGGGCGACUUGACUUUUACUGCAUGUAUCAUCAUUAUCGCCUCUAAGAUGCAGCUGCUUGAGGUUUACAAUCGAUCAGUCAUGGUUAUCGUCAGCCUGCUGCUGUCCAUUGGUGGUUGGUUCUUAUGGAACAUUAUCCUCACCGAAACGUACUCGAAAAACAAUAUUUACAACGUCAAGGAUGGAAUUCUUAAGCGAUUUGGGCGCGAUGGACUGUGGUGGCUCACCCUUCUUCUUAUUGUGGUAUCGUGUUUCGCAUUGGAGAUUGCUGUCACCGCACUUCGCUCAGCCUAUUUUCCCACGGACGUCGACGUCUUCCAAGAGUGUGAAAAGGAUCCUGCCAUCCGGCGACGGUUUGAAGAAGCUGCAGCGCUUGAGCUCCAGCAAAGCCUGGAAUCUCAGCGCAAGGCCUUCAGCGUCGAAUUGGAUCAGGAAGCUCAACGCGAAGGCGAGAUCCAGGAACUCCUUGAUCGCCCUCGCGUCAUGGAAGAGGGCAGAGCCUCAGCAUCGGCGACACCACCACCCGAUGCUCGAAUGUCAGUCGACGUUGCCGCCACUGCGUAUCAAAGCCCAGAGGCCAUUGGUGCCACCGCAGUCAAUGGCUCCUCGGCGGCUAGACGCUCAAUGGACACAAAUGAACUCCUUUUGCGACGAUUUGGACCUGCCAAAAACGAUUAAACGACUUUUUUUUCUUUCUCUGUCCGUCGUACCUUGUUCGAUUUCUUCGCCUACAGCUUUGAUUGAGGUAGACUCAAAAACGUCUUAUCUCCUUUUUAUUUAUUUAUUUGUAUAUAUUUGUGUACGGGAUGUCCAUAUGCAGAGAUACCACGGGACAUAGCUUGCCAGUUUGCAGGUUUUUGCGGGUUUUCCUUUCCUUAUUUCUCUUUUCCCUCUUUCAUUGAUUUCUAAUUUCUUUUUUCUCUUUCAUUAUUUAUCUCUCCCAGCUUAGCAGUUACACCUUUGGCACGCUAGACGUUUACAGACCCAUGAGCGGCUGUGCAAGGAUAAAAAAAGUUAUUUCUAGCAUGAUCAGCAUCAGGGAAAGCAGAAAAGGGAGG